AUAGAGUGUGAGACAGAGGAAGUCUGUGAGAUGUGUUUUUACAAUUAGUCAAGAAUAGAUUGCUACAGUGUUAGAGAUAACCCGCCGCUGUGUACUCAACUGUGUGACAGACGACAACUGAGCCACAGUGAGCUGUGUUUGCAGUGAAGAGAUCAUCAUGGCGCACAGUGACAACGUUUAUCAAUCGGAUUCUGAUUCUGACUUUGAGAACCUCGGAGAGAGUGAGCCAAGUCGUCAGGUCUCCUUCCAGCUGAUUAGAGAACCAGCAGCCAGUACCCAGAGUUGUCCCGAAACCCUACAAAUGGAUGUUUUUAGGGUAUGCACAGAUACGAAUGUAGAGUUUACUGCAAGCGGCCACAUGAGGGAUGAGACACUCCAGAGGAAGCCGGUGAACUCUCUGCAGAGGCAUCACUGGUCAGCUGCUACUUUAAAGGUCCUCUCCUCGAUGCCUAGUCGCACUACUGGUAUGAAUAGUGCCGGAGUAAUUCCUCCGCGAGGCUCGUCUCAGCGACACAGAUACCAGACCUCCACACACGAUUCUUCCCACCCCUCCAGACCGAUCCAGGAUGACUUUGUCCAGGCAGAUACAGAAGAAAUCAGCCCUGAAGAAAACAAGAAGGAACAGUUGGUUUCCAACAUCCGAGGCCUCUCCGUGAACGAGGGUAUGCGAAAGCUUAAAGCCACGCCACUCAGCCUGGCAGAUAAGAUGGAAGUCAGGCGACUUGCUUUCAGUGACUCAGUUGAGAGUUCACUCAUCAGCAGAAAUAUUCCAUGCUACAGCCGUCUAAAAGUGUACAUUUCGAAGACUUGGCGUCACUGUCUGUUCAGCUGCCUCCCCGUCCUCGCUUCCCUCCAGUUGUGGCAUUCACCCAUGAAGAGACUGAGUGGACGUUUCGGAACCGGGGUGCUUUCCUACUUCCUGUUUCUCCGCACACUCCUGCUCUUCAACCUCCUCCUCUUUGUCAUUAACGGCCUGUUCCUGGUCUUCCCUCAAGCUGUCAAUCCUCCUCCUCCUCCUCAUGACUCUCAUCUGGACAAUUUCACUGCCCUUGAGCUUCUCACAGGCACGGGUUUCUUCUCUCAGAGUGUUAUGUUUUACGGCUACUACACCAACGCCAUCCUCAAAAGUUGUCGAGCUGCUGACUCCACUGACACACCUGAAUUGCCAGUCUGUGACACAGACAGGCCCCAGAUCAUGCAUGCAUACAACAUACCUGCAGCCUAUUUCCUUACCAUCGCCAUCAGCUUCUUCAUCAUCUGCAUCAUCCUUGUGUACAGCAUGUCCAAGUCCUUCGGGAGAAGUUUUCAAGUCCUCAAGUCUAAUGGGAAUCUUGCUGUAAAAGUUUUCUGCUCCUGGGACUUUAAAGUCAGCAAGAAGACAUCUGUCAGACUGCAGUCUGAGAAAAUCAGCACUCAGCUCAAAGAGCUGCUCUCUGAGCUGAUCACCGGAGAGGAUGAAAAGAGCUGCAUGCAGCGACUCUGCCGCCUCAUGGUGCACCUGGUGGUCUGGGCUGCAUGUUUGGCCAGCAUCUUCCUGGGUGCCAUGGCAGUCCACUACCUGUCAGAGGCUGUCAUUAAGCAGAGUCCUUCCAAAGACAGUGAGCUGCUGCUCUUGUCUGCAGUGGUGUCGGGCAUUAACCUGUUGCUCCCCGGCCUCUUCAACCUGUUUGCCUGGAUAGAGAACUCUGACGCCCCCAGUGUUCGUGUUUAUGUCUCCAUCUUCAGGAACCUAUUAUUGAAGGUCAGCAUUGUUGGAGUGCUUUGUUAUCGCUGGCUUGGAAGAAUUGCGGUGGAGCCAGAAGAUCAUGGUCUACAGUGUUGGGAGAGCUUUGUGGGCCAAGAGCUGUAUCGCUUGCUUCUCAUGGACUUUGUCUUCACAGUGCUUUACACUUUUUUGGGAGAGUUCCUUUGGAGGCUCUUUUCCAAACAAGUGCUGAAAAAGAACAGGAUGCCAGUGUUUGACAUCGCUCGUAAUGUGUUGGAGCUCAUAUACGGACAAACCCUUACUUGGCUCGGAGUGCUGUUUGCUCCACUGCUCCCUGCAGUCCAGAUCUUAAAACUGUUUGUGCUAUUUUACAUGAAAAAGAGUAGUCUAAUGCUCAACUGUCAGGCGUCCAAAAAGCCCUGGAGAGCCAGUCAGAUGACGACACUCUUCAUCUCUCUUUUGUGCUUCCCAUCAUUUCUCGGUGCUGCCGUGUCUGUCACUUACACAAUUUGGACGAUUAAACCCUCGACAGGUUGCGGCCCUUUCAGGAAUCUCACCACAAUGUUUCCGUCAGGGCAGCUUUGGGCGCAGGAGCAGGAGAACACCCAACCGAUCCUGCUUUGGCUCAGCUGGGCAUACAACUCUUUGACGGAGAAUCCGCUGUUCUUAUUCCUCGCCAGUGGAGUCUUCCUAAUGGUGAUAUAUAUUCACGCUCAAGUUAUUGAUGGCCAAAGGAGAAUCAUCAGCCGGUUAGAAAAACAAAUUGAAAAUGAGGGUAAAGAUAAAAAGUUCCUCAUCACCAAUUUACAAGCAAUUUAUGAACGGAGUAGUCAAGUUUCCCCUUAGAUAAGACUGUGGCUGAACAACAUAUCAAUGAAAAGACGUAAUUUCAUCAGCGACAACCAACUUCACUUUGAUGUUUUUCAACUUCACUGGGAAAUCAGGAAUGACACCCACAACUUAUAAUGACUACUAUUACAUGCACAAAAUAUUCCAGUUAUUGUCCUUGUUUCCAAAUAGACAAUAGCUGUUUACAUGCCUGAUGAAAGGAGAAUAUGCAAGAAAUUCCCGCUUAAAUGCAGCCAUGUAUACUCUGAUUGCAUAUUGCGUAUAAGGCCUUAUUCAGAAUAUAUAGCAGAAAAUGAUGUUUACAUGGCCCGCACUAAAUACAGAAAAAUUUCAUAUUAUGAUAAUAUUGGAAUAUUACUGUGCAUGUAACCUUAGCCAGUGAGAACAAAAAUCAAACAGGACCAGGAACAGUGUUAAGUGUUAUUUUCAAACAUAUUCUGUAAUGUUUGAGUUCUAAAUGUACUUGCUGUUUGCACUAUAUAAGAGCUGUGAAUAUUUAUCUAAACAUAGCCUGGUGCUCAUAUUGUAUGUCAGAAUUUAUAUAUAUUUUUGUGGGUAGUUAUUUAUUCAGGUUCUGUAAAGAUUUAUGAAUACUGAUUUUGAAUAUGUUGUACACCAAUAAAUGAGUCUUAACACCC